CUUCAAUGUUUAAACAUUUUAUCACUCAGUGCUACAUGCAUUCUCAGCCAUAGAUUCAGUCAGUAUAUUUCAUUCUCCUUUCUUUCCAUUUCUCUUAAUCUUAGCACUGAAAAGAGUAGCCAUGGAAACUAUUAAAACUACCUGUUACAUUCCACCGUUUCACAUCCCAACUUCGCUCACCAAAACCAAAUUCAGCAAACCCAACUUAAAUUUUCACUUUAACGCAGUACCAACUUCAUCUUUCUCAAAAACUCACAAAAAUGCAUCAAAAUCCAAGCUUUACUCGACUAUAUCAUCAUCAUCAUCAUCAUCGUCAUCAUCAUCACCACCAUCAGCAUAUUCUGUUUCAACAGAGUCCAUUGAGGCACCUCAGCCAGAGCUUGAAACUGAUAUCCAAGGCGAUAAAUUUGAUUGGUAUUCAGCAUGGUAUCCAGUUAUGCCAGUUUGUGAUUUGGACAAAAGGGUUCCGCAUGCAAAGAAAGUCUUGGGUAUUGAUGUGGUAGUUUGGUGGGAUAGGAAUGAAAACGAAUGGAGAGUAUUUGAUGAUACUUGUCCUCAUAGAUUGGCUCCAUUAUCUGAAGGUAGGAUUGAUCAAUGGGGAAGGUUGCAAUGUGUUUAUCAUGGUUGGUGUUUCAAUGGCUCCGGAGACUGCAAGUACAUACCUCAAGCACCAGCUGAUGGUCCUCCGGUACACACAUUCAAUAAAGCUUGUGUAGCAGCUUAUCCUAGUACAGUGCAUCAUGAUAUUUUGUGGUUUUGGCCUAACACUGAUCCACAAUACAAAGACAUACUUAUGAAGGAGAAACCUCCUUUCAUUCCGGAAUUGGAUGAUCCAUCAUAUACGAAGACAAUGGGGAACAGAGAUAUUCCCUAUGGGUAUGACUUCUUGAUUGAAAAUCUUAUGGAUCCUGCUCAUGUCCCCUAUGCACAUUAUGGAUUAAUGAAAAUCCGACAACCAAAAGAAAAGGUCGACAGGGAAGGGGGCAAACCAAUUGAUAUGAGUGUCAAGAAGCUGGACAAAAAUGGCUUCAUUGGAAAGCAGGAGAAGGGCAGUAGUAAAUUUAUAGCACCAUGUAUAUUCUAUGCUUAUACUGAUCCUCUGGUGGAUCAAGGGAAUGGAGCUGUAUCUUCUUCUGAAACCAAAAAGAAGCUGUCAGUGCAACAAAGAGCAGCUUUAGUUUUUAUUUGCAUCCCAGUUAGUCCUGGCAAUAGCAGAUUGAUUUGGGCCUUUCCAAGAAACUUUGGGGUUUGGAUUGACAAAAUAUUUCCACGAUGGAUGUUUCAUGUGGGACAAAACCUGAUUCUGGAUUCAGAUUUGUAUCUUCUUCACGUGGAGGAGCGCAAGAUCACGGAUAUUGGCGUUGCCAAUUGGCAAAAGGCUUGUUUUGUGCCAACCAAGUCAGAUGCCCUUGUAGUUGGUUUCCGGAAAUGGUUGAACAACUAUGCUGGUGGUCAAGUUGAUUGGAGAGGCAAGUAUAAUGGGGCUCUUCCUCCAACUCCUCCUAGAGAACAGCUGAUGGACAGGUACUGGUCUCAUGUCGUUAACUGCAGCAGUUGCAAUGCUGCACAUAAAGGUCUGAAUGCUCUUGAGGUCAUUCUGCAAGUCGUGUCCCUGGUUUUGAUUGGUAUUGUAGCUGCAGCAAAACAAAGUGUCUUGUCAGCAGCUGCUAGAACGACAUUGGUCGCAGUAGCAGUAGCAUGCUUUGCAGCUUCAAGAUGGCUGGCUCACUUCAUCUAUAAAAGCUUCCAUUACCAUGACUAUAAUCAUGCACUGCGCUGAGAUGAUUGGCCAUAAGUAUGGCAUUUUAGACAGCGUAAAUAUUGAUACUGUCCUCAGUAUGUAUAGCCCACAUCAGAAAUAAAUUGGAAAGGAAAUACCUUGUAGCUCUGUACAAAGCUACAGUUUUAAGAA